CUGCUCCUCCUCUCACAGGUGUUGAAGGUGCAGGCUUCGAGCAUAGUACAGACGAGAUCAGUGCGUGGAAACUUCCCCUUGCGAGAGAACAGCCAGUGACGUCCCAAGAAAAUGACUGAUGCUGAAUGUGGGACUCUGCCAGUUUUGAUUGCACCAUCUUCUGGAGAACAGGAUUUAUGGCCACACCUGGGCUCCAUCCUGCCCCUGAACUGUACACUGCGACUCAUUGACUCAUGUACCGCUAACCUGACAUGGCUGAAGGAUGGAAACCCAGCCCCGGAGGUGUACAGAGAACAGCAGAGUUGCUGGAAUGGCCUCAACAGCUCGGAAAGGUUCUUUACCAGUAUCCUGAAUGUUAAUCUCACCACAGAAGAGGAUUAUGGGAACUUUACCUGCCAAUGGCAGACCGUUUCUGCCUCAUUUACUCUUCACAAAUCUGACAAAGCAGGACACAUAGCAGCUGUCCUCUUCGCACUCUGCGUCCUUACCAUGCUUGUUGUUGGUACCAUUCUAUAUAUCAAGUGUCGCCUGAAUGUACGUCUCUGGUACAGAGACAAAUAUGGAGACAUGGAAAUAAAUGAUGGACGUCUGUUUGAUGCUUAUGUCUCAUUCUGUCCCUCAAAUAUUGAUACAAAGUUCACAAACUUUAUCCUAAAACCCCAUUUGGAGAACAGAUAUGGGUACAAACUGCACUUGGAUGAGAGGAGUCUGCUGCCUAAUACAGAACCUUCCGCUGAGUUGCUCAUGAAUGUCAGCCGCUGCCGACGACUGAUAGUGGUUCUGUCGCUGGCGUAUCUAGAGCAGGAAUGGUGCCAAAACAGCUUCAGGAAUGGUUUGUUUCGCCUGCUGGAGCUCUCCCGUAGGCCAAUCUUUAUCCUGUUUGAGAAUCAGUACAAGGAGCUGCCGGCAGAAGUCACCAAACUUCUGAAUUCCCAGAGAGGGAUACUGAAAAUGCUGCUCUGGAAGGCUAACUCUGUGUCUCCUGCAUCUGACUUCUGGAAAGAGUUGCGCCUUGCUCUGCCUCGAAAGAUGUCUUUAGCAGAAGGGAGAGGGGACCCUCAGACUCAGAAUCAAGAUGAUAAGGACCCCAUGUUGAGUGUAAACAGUGAGACCGCAGAUCCUGACCCUGAUGGAGAUCUAGGUGUGCGAAGGACUUUUUAUAAAGCUCCACCUCCUCGGAUGGCUCCAGUAAGGCACACAGGAGACAGGGAUAACGCUGCAGAUGUAGACAUCUCGGACUUAGGAUCUCGGAACUACUCCGCCAGAGCGGAUUACUAUUGCCUGGUGGCUGAACCUGACCUGUAGAGAGAUGAGGGAAGAGAAAGACCUUAUAACAUAAAGGAAACCACCAAGAUUCUAGACCUUGUGGACGCGGCAAGAAACGGAAGGGACAGAGUAUUAUUUAUGGAACAAGCAGAGACCUUGGGUAACCAACAGAUCUCAUGCAGUCAGAACUGGUUAGGUUGCUUGUUAAUGCACAGUUGUGUGCAACCAAGGAACACUAACUGUAUGACAUAGGUAAAAUUCUGACUACUAAUGCUUACUGUACUAUAUCAUUUGAUAUCUAUUGCCUGAAUGUUCUGAGGUGUAACAGUAAUAACAGCAGGAUAUGUAAAGAGAAGAAAAACAACAUAUACAAAGACUAAAGUCAAAAUCCACGUCC